UACAAAACCCGCAUCUAAGGAUAAAGGGAUUUUGCGGCACAACGAGUCUGUUGCAUCACAAAAAGAGGUAUAUUGAAAGUGUUAAUUAUAUGAUCCGAAUCAAAAAAUGCAUGAUUUUAUAAUUUACCUAUGUUAUAUGAUUUAUAGGUAUUUGCUCAAGGGUCACAACAACUGAGCCAGAAAAUUGGUAGUCGACAGAAAAACAAAGGGAUCUUCCAGUGACUUCUUUGCCAAAAAAAGGUGCUUUUGUGCCUCGAUACCAGAUAUCUCUUGAAACACUUGUUGACUCAUCAGAUAUGGCAACAGCUGGUGCUAUUCGCUUACUGGAUAUGGAGGAAGAUAUCUUUGGUUAUUCAUGCACUGAAACAAUCGGAAAAGAAGAUCUGGAACAUAUUUUUCGGCAUCAAGAAUUAGGCGUCGGUGUUAUACACACAUACAUCCGGUUCUUGUAUGACAAUUUCAUGCGCGGGAAUGAUCAAUUGUCAAACAGAUUCCGUUUCGUGUCUUCCUCCCUGGUCAACAAAGCAUUAAUUUGUAGGGAACCGGAUUCAUGUAGAGAGUACUUAGUCAAGAGAUUCAUGGCCAGCAGUACAAACAACUUGUAUCUUUGGCCGUAUAAUUCAGGGUGUCACUGGUUGUUGCUUGCUAUUGAUCCUUUAAAAGAAGUGGUAUAUUUUCUGAAUUCGAUAGAUGGUGAAUGGACAAAUUAUCCGGAUAUGAAGCAAUUAGUUGAUACAUCAAUAAAAGUGUUCCGAUCUCAAAGACAAGCUCGAGUACCACGUACUAAAUCCAGCAACAUUACGUGGAUAAAAGUGCAGUGUCCUCUACAGCGCAACGGUAUCGAUUGCGGAUACUUUGUAAUGAGGUUUAUGAGGGAAAUCAUUAAUAUGAAUCAAAUAGAGAUUCCAAUCACGAAGGAGAUUCGAUGGUGUUAUCCGUCCCUUCAAGUUCCACGAUCAAGAGGGGAAAGUCGUUUGAUAGAUGUUGGUGGUUUAUAUGGUUUAACGGCGAUGGAAGGUUUGAAUGAGGAGGAGGAACUGAUGGUUGUGGGUGCAGGGAAGUUUGGGAAAGUUUGA